AUGGACUACGCCGAAUCCUAUUGCCAACAAAAUAAUGGUACCGUAUUGUCAACUCAGUCCCAAAUUGAGAAUACAUUUGUUCAAUACCACCUGCUUCCCGAAUGGAUAAUGCUUGGCGCCAAAGAAGUGUUCAAAAAUUCCUACGCAUGGGCCGAUGGUACCAUAUGGGGAACGUUCGAUAAUCGGGACCCACUGGAUCGCUCACUGGAAACCUUGGACUGCCUUGUCAUGUACAAAUCGAGUGGUCUCUGGUAA